AUGCCCGGCAAGUACAUCGAGAAAUACGAUCAGGUCCCUGUGACCAAGGAGAAGCUUGAUUGGGCUGAGCUGAUCACGCUCGAUCUUAGCCAGUAUGAGCAGCCCGGUGGCAAGGAGUCUCUAGUUAAACAGUUGGACCACGCAGUCAGAAACGUCGGUUUCUUCUAUGUCAAGAACUUCAAUAUCAGCCAAGAAGAGAUCGACAACCAGUUCGCCCUAGGACGCGAAUUCUACGCUCUGCCACUGGAAGAGAAACUCAAGUUCCACAGCGCCAGUGAUCUCGCAAGAGGAGAAUACAACUCCUACCGCCCAGCCGGACACCGAAUUCUGGGCAAUGGCAUCAAAGAUAACGUCCAGGUAUACAACCUGCCAAAGUUCGAUGGCUACCACGAAAGACCCCAGCCCUCCGUUCUCGCCGAUAACAUUCAAGAGAUCGAAGCCUUCAGCCGAAAAUGCCACACCGAAGUAGUCGAAAAGCUACUUCGUCUCUUCGCAAUUCUCCUCGAGCUCCCUGACGAGGACCAGCUCGUCCGUGACCACCAAUACGACGUCAAGGGCGAAGACCACCUGCGCUAUAUGCACUAUGCCGCGCGCAGCCCAGAAGAGAACCAAAAGGUCGGCGAGCUUUACAGCCCCGGCCACACGGACCUGGGAACUGUGACUCUACUCUUCCGUCAACCUGUCGCGGCUCUGCAGAUCCUCAACUCGGAGGGGAACUGGAAGUGGGUGCAGCCCCAGGAUGGAACCAUUACGAUCAACACCUGUGAUGCGUUGACGGCGCUCACGGGUGGUUUGAUCAAGUCGAGUAUUCAUCGUGUGCAUGCGCCGCCUGCCGACCAGGCUCAUAUUGAUCGAUUGGGAGUGUUGUACUUUGCUCGGCCUAAUAACCACGUUGUGCUCGAUCCUAUUGCGAAUAGUCCUGUUUUGCAACGGUUGGGACUCACUAGUAAUGCUUUCACGGAGCUUGGGCAACAUCUGACCACGGAGGAAUGGGUUAAGGUUCGACAGACUCAGCAGCAACGGAAGAAUAAGGAGGUUGAUAUUUCCAAGGAUGGGAAGUAUACUUAUAAGCCGAAGGACCUUGAGAUUCUCCCUGGUCUGCAAGCUGCUAUCUAUAACUAG